CCUCAUCAAAGUUACCAUCCCCCUUCAUGUUAUUCCUCUUCCAAUCUGAAAACCCCUUCUUAAACCUCUACAGUGUUUCUUACUUCCUCCAUUAAUCUGCACCAGAAGCUUCUCAAUCUCAACCAUUUCCUUCAAAUCUUAGGGCUAACAUUGUAUCCACUCAACGAUAUUUUUUUUAAUCACCUUCACAAUCAAAGCAAACCCAAUUUAAUUUUCAAUAUUCAUAUUCAAUUGAUCUCUUAAACCAUCAUUAAUGGCGAUCUUAAGAUCCCUGAAAAAGAUCAUCAAAAACCCUAAUUUCAAUUUCAUUGCAAUCACAAAAACUCAACCACUCUCGAGAAAUCCUUUACUCUCUUCCGAUGCAGCUCUUUCUUUUCCAUCAUUACAUGGGCCUCUUUUCCUUUCUUCUCCUCCUUGGAUGCUUUCUCUCUUUGCCACCCCGCUUCUUGUUCGUAGCGACGUCGUUUUCCCUCGUAGUUUGAGGCUCAUUCAGCAUCCCCAAUUAGGGUUUCCGUUUAAAUUAGGGUUUGUUAAGCAAUUGGGUCAUAAAAGUGAGAAACUUAAUGCAGAUGUUGAUGAAACUAAAAAUGCUGGACUUGUUGAUAGUUUUGUUAAUUUACCCAAUUUGGUCUCUUUUUCCCGAAUGAUUUCAGGCCCUUUUCUCGGUUGGAUGAUUAUUAAUGAAUGGUAUCUUCCCGCAUUUGCGGGAUUGGCCAUUUCUGGCGCUACUGACUGGCUGGAUGGAUUUCUGGCCAGGAGGAUGGGCAUCAAUUCCGUGGUUGGCUCGUACCUAGAUCCUCUUGCAGAUAAGGUUCUCGUUGGAAGUGUUGCUCUAGCAAUGGUAAAGCAAAGUCUCUUGCACCCUGGACUCGUCAGUCUAGUGGUGCUACGAGAUGUGAUGCUAGUUGGCGGUGCUGUAUACAAAAGAGGCAGUAGCUUAAGGUGGCAGUGGAAGAGCUGGUAUGAUUUCUUCAACCUUGAUGGAACUCUUCCAGAAAAGGUUGAGCCUUUAUUCAUCAGUAAGGUAAAUACAGUUUUCCAACUUUUGUUAGUUGCUGCUGCGUUGCUACAACCUGAACUUGGGACUCCUCAGACUCAGACGUACAUCACAUAUCUUAGUUGGUUGGUGGCUUCUACUACAGUGGGUUCUACAGCAGCAUAUGGAGUGCAGCACAUGAGAAACAAACCCAUUUCAAUUGCAAGGGGUUGUUGAGCGGGAAAUUUUGCUACUCCCACUCCACCCGAGUUUCUGAAUUGUUCCCCUUGAUGGCCAGUGCCCAAUGCCGAGAAGGUUUAGCCGUCCAAUUAUCCUUCCAUACAUCACACGGUAUUUGAUACGAAAACUCUUAUGAAAUAUGGAAGGUUAACGCUGCAGGCAUUUGCAAUACACCUCUUGCCUCCAAGUUGCAAGGAUCUGACCUAUUCGAUUUGGUAACGAGUCCUUGCAUUGUGCAUUUUUGCGUUUUUGUAAAAUUGUAACAUUAGUUUAGGAAAUAAUAGGUACUGUAUGCGCAAUGUCGUUGGUUGGUUUCGCAAUUUCUUCUUCAUUGCAGAAUCUUUAUGGUAAGGUGAUUCAUCUGAAAGCGUUCAAGAUAAAAAAAUAAAAAAACAACAUUUAUAGAUUAUUAGUAAGAACACUGUCGCCUUGUUGGCAUAUAUCAAGAGAAGAAUUUCCUUAUUGCCGUGAUUAAGCGUCCCUUUGCUGUUGUCAAUGGAAUGAGGAAAAUGCAACUUUUUCA